GACUUUAAAAUGUUACCUUAGUUGUGGCAUAUAUUGGAUAUCUGUUAUUUUCGAUUGCAUUUUCAUAUCUGCUUUUGUUUUAAAAGUCUGUGUACGGCUUUUUAAGAGAGAGAGAGAGCGAGGAAGAGAGUGAGAAAGAUGUAGCUUCACAUAUACGUACACACAUAUGUAAAGAUAAAGAGUUAUGUAAAGCAAGCUAACGCUGUCAUUGAAACGUUUAAGGAUGCGACACAAAGCAGAAUGGAUAAUAAUAGAGCUAGCAGAUGCGGCUUCUAAUCGAUAUUCAUUCUUCAUUCAAUUCUCCUCUCCUCUUCAUAAUCGCACUGCCUCUUUUCUCACUUUCCUUUUCAGCUGGUUUGUAUAUGCAGCUGUUGCUCUAUUUAUAAUUUCAUUAACACAUUUCUACAGCGCCAUUUAUCAACAUUCAGUUCAUUUAAUCUAGAACGCGUUUCGAUAAUACUUAAAUGAUCAUGUUUAGCCGGCUAACUUUCAUUUUGCUCUUUUGUACUCGACCCAAUCACAGCCCCAACCCCUUGGCCCGAUCAUUGUCACUGGUUUUGAUAAGCGCAAGUCUCCCCCCUCUCAAUCAAUCACUUCAACUUCUAUUUGCGCCGAUUAAUGUUGACCCAGUCGUUGUCGCUUUUCCCCCUCAUUAGUCACGGCCAUUGCAAAGUGCUUUCCACUUAAGUGUGCUUAGGGGGUGCGGCUUGGGGGGGCGGACGCUUAUCAGCUGCGACGGCUACUGCCACUUGAGCUGCACUUGGUAGCAGCUGCGCCUUCCUUUGAGCUGCAGCUGACAACGAGCCCACGGUCAGGUGUUGUUGUUCUUGCAAUACCCCGUCUCCAUUUUCGAUGUGUAAACACAGGGUAUAUUGAAGUUGUGACGGCACCUUUGAGCUUGUUAAGUGUGAACUCUCUUUUGAUAUUGAUAUUAUGCCUAGCUUUUUUUUUUUACAUAUUAUACUCUAAAUUGUACAUGUGGAAUGUUUCACUUUUUGGAUAACUCGAACAUUUCCCCAAAAAUGAGACAUUUUUAGAUGCAGUUUCCUUUCUCGGAUUCCUCGAAUUCCAGACAUUGCUAAACUCGUCGAACAAUAAACAUAGAAUGUAUAUUAAAAAUAAAAUGUUCAUUUAGUAUGCUACAGGGUAUUUUCGAGUCUCUCAACUAGCGUACUUCUUCUUGUAGUUGGUGUUGACUUUUCGUGUGUCGAGUGGCAAAUGCAGCUGAUGUUCUUGACCUUUGUAGUCAGUCAGAUAUGGGGACUAUGUAUUUUUGGAGCAUUGCAUACGGUUCUGUUCUUAGUAAAUUUCGAUUUGAUAUUUAGAAAAUUGUUUUCGUUUAAAUUUUCACUUAUUUUUUUUGUCAUUCGAUGAUUCAGUUUUGCGAGGUUUUUGCAUGUUUGCGUUUUUCAUUAGAACUUAAUAAAUGACGCAUUCGGUUGACCCCGCCUGUUCCCUCUAUAAACACUGACCAGACGCUUAUCAAGCAAUGAUUGUACAUUUUUGGUGAUACUCUGUGGUACGUAUAGAGAGCUACGAUACUCUGUACUUCGGUUAGAUAUUUUAUAGUCAACAGAUAUGCAUUUAAAGCUAAUUCAACUAUUCGUUUAACUCAAUAGCUGAUAAGCCGAAAAGUAAAUCAAAUGUGAUGCAAUGGCAUAGACACAUUUAAUCUAGAAAUAAGCUAUAAAUAUUUGUAUAUUGUGUAUUAAACUUACAAACUCAAAAGAUUAAAGAAAUCCAUCAUGUUGAAUGUGCAGUUAAUAGCUACUUUGAUGUGGAAGAACUCUUUUAAAUUGUUGAAUCAUUUUUAUUUAAAGUACUCAUUGCACAUGUGCAUUUGUAAAGUAUUUUUAAUAAAUUUAAAUGCCAUAAGUGCAUUUAGAAAUUUAUUGAGGCCACAUAAGCGUAUUUCUGAACAGAAAUUAAAAUCAAUGCCUUGAACAUUUUAUGCUCUCAGUAGGCGGUGAAAAAAUCAGAUUUUGACCACGCUGUCAAACGAAGAGUUUUCCAGAUGUCAGUCAGCUCUCUUUUAAAGGAAAAAAACAAUUGUUAAAGAAUCGACUUCUUGUGAAUAAUUACUUUCAAUUUAUUGUAAGAUAACAUCGAUUAAAAUGGUUUUUAAUGAGAACGAACUGCCAAUCCUGACCACAAACAUGGCUGAAACAACAACAGCCGCUGCGAACGAAACAAUCGAAACAGCAGCAAUCCAAGCAGCUGAGGCGAGCGAAGCAGAUGCCAAUCCGGAGCCGUCUUCAGAACUGGACAUCGUGAUCAACAAUGUCGUGUGCUCGUUCAGUGUGCGUUGCCAUCUCAAGUUGCGCGAGAUUGCGCUCCAUGGCUCGAAUGUGGAGUAUCGACGAGAGAAUGGCAUGGUCACAAUGCGUCUGCGUCGUCCAUAUACGACGGCAUCGAUAUGGUCCUCUGGCCGGAUAACGUGUACGGGUGCCAUUUCUGAGCCGCAGGCAAAGGUCGCGGCGCGGCGCUAUGCCCGCAGCCUGGGCAAACUCGGGUUUCCGGUGCAUUUUCAGAACUUUCGCAUUGUCAAUGUGCUGGGCACCUGCAGCAUGCCGUGGUCAAUAAGAAUCGUGAAGUUCUCGGAACGACAUCGUGACAAUGCCAGCUAUGAGCCGGAACUGCAUCCGGGUGUUACCUAUAAAAUGCGCGAUCCCAAGGCCACCAUGAAAAUCUUCUCCACGGGCAGCAUUACGGUGACUGCGGCCAGCGUAAAUGCCGUCGAAUCGGCCAUACAGCGUCUUUAUCCAUUGGUCCAUGAGUUCCGCACCAGGCCGAUUGUCAAAUCGCCCGAAUCGGAGUCAAUGGCCAGCAGCGAUCAGAUUGCCGGCAAGUUAAAGUUCAAGAAAGAGAAUGUUACCUUGAAACCCGGCCAAGUCAAGCGUCCGCCCAACGUGGCUGGCAUCCCCACGCCGAUGACCAAUGUCAAGUCCGGCAUGCGGCGUGAGCAGCCGUCGCCACCGCCAAGGAACUCGGAUAGCAACGAGAAUAUUUGCGGCAAUGCUCGCCGUCGCGCCACCGAGUGUUGGGCCAGCAAGCUGCAAAAGAAACGUCCACGCUACAAUGAUGCCGGCUCCAUGGCGAUCGUCAAUGUGGGCAAUUUGGCCCGUUCGAUCGGUGGCCACAACAAGAUGCGCUGGAAUGCGGCGAGUCUACCGAAAGUGGCGGGCAAACUCACAGGUGAAGCCAGCAAUCAGGAUUCUGACACCGACCAGGAUGGCGACGAUUCUGCCGAGGAAAUUGACGACGAGAAGUUCUGGUAGUGCUUGGAGCAGCGGGUGCUAUAGACAGUUAAAACGCAAUACUCUUACUUGAAAACAUUCGCUUGUGACCUCUAUGAUCAUAUACAAAGCUCUACAAAUACUCGUAAUAUUCUAUAAAUAACACAAAUACAAA